AUGCAGUUCUCACGGUUUAUUCCCCGAGCGGGAACUCCUACCCUCCCUCCAUACGGAGCUCACGAUGCCCCAUCCUCAGCGGACAGACCCCGCGGUGCUGCUCCUCCAGACGCCAUAACGCCAUACUUGGGCCUUAGAGCUCGGCUCUCGCAAGUCUGGAUCAAUAAAUGGACGAUUCUUAUACUCCUCGUGCUCGUCAGAUUGCUAAUUGCAGUCAGCUCGCUGGACCACAAUAUGGCCUCUGCAGAGAGAGAAGCACUUUCGGCAUGCACCAGUGUUGAAUCUAUGGGCAGCGCUAUGGCUUCGAUGCCUCACUACAUGUCCAUGGGAGUCAACGAACUCACUGCCUCUGGUGUUGAAAAGGCUGUUAACGGAUUGAUGUCGAUGCUAUCUCUUGUCGUUACCGGUGUGGAAGAGAUCGUCCUUUUCAUCAUUCAUGUCUUGACCAGCACAUAUCUUUGCCUUAUCACCCUCGUGGUCCGUGGUAGUUUACACGUUGCCUUAAAAAUUAUUGAAGAUACGACCGAGUUCCUCAACAAGACCCUCCACGAAAUCGGAUCCGGCAUCAGUAAAGGCGUCGAUGGUUUCCAGAAAGAAGUCAACGAGUUUAUAAAGGGAAUCAACACAGUCACAAGCCUUUUCGGAGAUAACAACAAGAUUCCUUCCCUAGAUAUUUCUGGCGAGGUUAACAAGUUGAACGAUCUGAAGUUACCAUCUUCCAUCAAUGACGGAUUAGACAAAAUCAACUCUUCAAUUCCUACAUUCGACGAGGUUCAAGAGAUGGCUGAUACCGUUAUUCGAAAACCUUUCCAACUUGUGAAGAAACUUAUCAACGAAACCGUAGUUGACUACCAUUUUGAUCGCACUCUUUUCCCGGUUCCUGAAAGGGAAGUUCUUGAUUUCUGCACUAAGGAUGAUGGCAUUGGCAAAUUUUUCGACGGACUCAGAGUGGUCAUUAGCACCGCGCAGAAAAUAUUCAUUGGCGUCCUUAUUGUUGCUGCUAUUGCUGCCUGCGUUCCUAUGGGGUAUGCCGAACUUCGUCGAUAUCGUCGCAUGAAGGAACGAUCACUCUUGGUACGGAAAGAUGCCCAUGAUCCGAUGGAUGUGGUCUAUAUAAUUUCUCGGCCUUACACCUCUGCUGGUGGGCUGAAGAUAUCCAGCUGGUUCCGAUCUGGUCGCAAACAAGUUCUCGUCCGAUGGAUGGUUGCCUACGUGACUUCUCCUCCAGCUCUCUUUCUCCUUUCUCUUGGAAUAGCUGGUCUCUUCGCUUGUCUUUGUCAAUACCUUCUUCUCCAAGCAGUUAAGAAGGAAGUUCCUGCUCUCACAGGCCAAGUGAGCCAGUUUGCUGACAAAGUGGUUCACUCGCUCAACAAUGCUUCUAAACAAUGGGCAACCGGCACUAACGGAGUCAUCGACCAUACAAACAAUGAUAUCAAUCAAAAGGUCCUAGGAUGGGUGAACCAGACCACUGGUCCCGUAAACGAUACCUUGAACACCUUUGUCGAGAAGACUAGUGAUAUACUUGAUAAAGCUUUUGGCGGCACUAUCCUCCGCGACCCAAUCCAAGAAGUUCUCCACUGCCUUAUCGGACUUAAGAUUGAAGGUAUUCAGAAAGCCCUUACAUGGGUAUCCGACCAUGCUCACGUUGACUUCCCUCAUGUCCGCGAGGAUAUGUUCUCCCUGGGUGCUAUCCAAAGCAUCUCCAAAGACAACGCUACCAAUCCAGAUAGCUUCCUUGCCAACCCAGGAGACAAGACAGCAGAUAAAAUUAGCUCGGUCGUCAUCCGUGUGACUGAUGCAGUGGAAUCGGGUAUCAAAACUGAAGCACUCAUAUCUGCUGGUCUUAUCUGCCUUUGGGUAUUCCUCCUGUUAAUCGCUUCCAUUCGCGUACUCACCCUUGCUUGGCGUCGAGACAGAGUACGUGGCGACGGUGGCAUCGACGCGAUCUACCACCCCCCUGCCAUUGGUGCGCGUGCCAUUCCAAACAUUGAACUGAAUAACUUCCACGAUGUUCCGCUCAAUAGCCCUGCGAUUGGGAGUGGAGGAGCUGGCAUGGCUCUCGGUGCGGCUCCCAAGUACAGUGCGACGCCAAAUCCCCCUAGAUCCUUACACCCAACUGCCACCAGCAAUGAAGAAGAUUACCAGGCUCAAAAGCUUGGAUAUGCAGGCCAGAGAGACUACGAAAUGGCAUUACAAAAAGACAUGAGGACGAGUAGUCACGGCCAAGUGGAAUAUGGGGUAGAUGUAAAGCAUGGUUGA